AUGUCUAAUGGGUCCAAAUCCGAUGCGUUGAAGACUCCAACCAGCACCAAGCCGGUCUUCCAUUUCGCUGCCGGUCUCUUCUCAGGCCUCACGUCUUCCAUCCUCUUGCAGCCGGCAGAUCUCCUCAAAACCCGUGUCCAGCAGUCCGGCCAGUCGUCGUCUCUCAUACCUACUAUCCGCGCAAUACUAGCAUCGCCGAAUCCUAUACGGAACCUAUGGCGUGGCACGCUUCCCUCGGCCCUCAGGACGGGGUUCGGAUCUGCCCUGUACUUCAGCACCCUUAAUACCUUGCGGCAAUCGGUCGCCAUCGUCAAGGUACGAACAGCAGGGGAGACUGGUGGCAGCAGUGCUGCGUCGUCCCGGACAUCCGCGCUGCCUAAGCUAUCACAUUCUGCAAAUCUGGUUACCGGAGCCAUUGCACGGGUUUCUGCAGGCUUCGUCAUGAUGCCCGUCACCGUGCUAAAGGUACGGUAUGAAUCAGACUAUUACUCGUAUCGGAGUCUAUGGGGUGCAGGAAAGGACAUCGUUCGAACAGAGGGCGUGAGAGGCCUGUUUUCUGGCUUUGGGGCCACCGCCAUCCGUGAUGCGCCAUAUGCCGGUCUCUACGUCGUGUUUUACGAACAGGCGAAGCGAUCUCUGGCUGCGCUGCUGCGUCCGGCCGUGCCAGUGCUAUCCCAGGACAAGGGAGGAAAGGAUACCACGACGACGGCCCAGUCGCAGCCAUCGGCAGCUUAUAUUCACUUCCUCUCCGGAGCACUUGCUGCCGGGUUAGCGACGACCAUCACAAAUCCGUUUGACGUCAUCAAAACCCGUGUGCAGUUGAUGCCGACUAAAUAUCGCAACAUGUGGUGUGCGGCAAAGCUGGUAUUGCGCGGCGAGGGAGUACGGGGCCUUUUCGGCGGGUUGAGCUUGCGUAUUGGGCGAAAGGCCAUCAGUUCUGCGUUGGCAUGGACCAUCUAUGAAGAUUUGAUAUUGCGGGCCGAGGCGUCUCGCUGGGCUCAAGGAGAGAAGAGUUUAUUGUCUUGA